AUGUUACAUCCAGUUGUGAUGGGGAAAAAUGAGUUUCUCACACCUAAAGCAAUUGCCAAUCGAAUAAAAGCAAAAGGAUUACAGAAGCUUCGUUGGUAUUGCCAGAUGUGUCAGAAACAGUGCCGAGAUGAGAAUGGAUUUAAAUGUCAUUGCAUGAGUGAAGGGCACCAGCGUCAAAUGCAGAUCUUUGGACAAAAUCCACACCGGAUAGUCGAGGGCUAUUCUGAAGAGUUUGAGAGUUCUUUUCUGGAGCACAUGAAGCGCAGCCACAGAUUCAGCCGUGUGGCAGCUACUGUAGUUUAUAACGAAUACAUAAAUGAUAGACACCAUGUUCAUAUGAACUCCACCCAGUGGGCUACACUUACUGAAUUUGUCAAGUACUUGGGUCGAACUGGCAAGUGUAAAGUUGAGGAAACACCCAAGGGAUGGUUCAUUACAUACAUAGACAGAGACUCAGAAACCCUCUUUAAGGAGAAGAUGAAGAAUAAGAAAAUCAAGGCAGAUAUGGCAGAUGAAGAAAAGCAAGAGAAGGAGAUCAGAAAACAGAUCGAAAUGGCUGAGCAACUGAUGCAGCUUCCGAUUGCUGAAGAGCCUUCACAAUCUCAGCCUCCAAGGGAAUUAAAUAUGGAAGAUGGAAUUAAGAUAGGGUUUUCUCUUGGGUCAUCAUUGGUUAAACAACCUGUGACCAAGGAAAAACGUGAAAGGAUGGUGUUUGAUGAGGUUGUUGAAGAGAAAUAUGGACAAAGAAAUCCUGUAAACAAGUUGAAGAGGAAAGAAAACUGUGGUGGAAAAUCAGCUUUGGAUGAAAUGAUGAAGGAUGAAGAGAAGAAAAAGGAAAAAAUCAACCGUAAGGAUUACUGGUUGCAGGAGGGAAUCGUGGUAAAGGUUAUGAGCAAAGUGUUGGCAGAGAAGGGUUACUACAAGCAAAAGGGUGUUGUACGGAAGGUGAUUGAUAAAUACGUUGGGGAGAUAGAAAUACUUGAAAGUAAGCAUGUGCUCAGAGUUGACCAGGCAGAGCUUGAAACUGUGAUUCCACAAGUUGGGGGUCGUGUAAAGAUUGUCAAUGGUGCAUAUCGAGGAUCAAUUGCAAAGUUAUUGGGGGUGGACACAGAUAAUUUUUGUGCUAAGGUGCAGAUCGAGAAAGGACUCUAUGAUGGCAGAGUACUUGAAGCUAUGGAAUAUGAGGACAUUUGUAAAGUAGCCUAG